AUCGCUUCCCAGCGCGAGAGAAAGCCGACGACCCCCGAGGAACAUGUAGUAUCAUAACCCCAGGAAAGAUAGGGUACCCUCCCCUGACUGUCGUUUGGGCAAUCCCCCGACUUGGUAUUGUCCUUUUUUGAAGCGGGCAUACUCUUCAAAUCGAAAGAUGGCGGUCCGAAAAUCUUUGGCUUUCAUGGCCGUGAGCCUGGUUCCCCUUCUGCGCCUCACGGAUGGCUACCGCCUUGACCACCGCAUGCUCACGAGCAAAGCCCACCUCGACGCCACGGCGAUUUCUAAGGUCGGGGCCAGACCUUUUGAUCCGGAGAGCUGCACAUUGUGGAUUCAAUCUAACCCAUGGGACUCAUGUCGCCACUUUAUCGACCGCUACAGGCUUGAGCUGUCCGACUUCUAUGACUUGAACCCCUCCGUCGACACCGAUUGUUACAGGUUCGUUCCUGGGGCAACGUACUGCAUCUCGGCUGUUUACAGCCAUAUAAUCUCAACGGAUGGUUCCUGCGGCUUAAAUGUGACGGGAAUCCCCAUCACCUGCGUCGGAUCAGAGUUUGGGCAGUGUUGUGGCUCCGAGGGCCGUUGUGGGUCAACCGCAGCCUAUUGUGGCAUCGGAAACUGUCAAUUUGGUGAUUGUGAGGAGGCAGGGUAUACGUUUGAUGGACGUUGUGGCGCUCAGUUUUACGGCUUAGAGUGCGGUGGAUCGUGGGGAAACUGUUGUUCCAACGACGGUGUCUGCGGAAGCACGAGCGCCGAGUGCGGAGCGGGAAACUGCCAGUCCGGAGCCUGCGCAGGAGGAGGUGACCCCUGACGGUACUUGUGGCUACACCAACAAGUACAAGUGCACCGACACACUCCUCUACUUUGGCAACUGCUGCUCAGCCGCCGGUUUCUGCAGCUGGACCAGCGAUGAAUGCCGUGACGACCUCGGUUGCCAAUCCGAGUACGGACUCUGCGAUUCAUACAUCACUGUGACCGUGACUGCCGGCGGCACUCGGACUUCAAGUUCCAACGCUAUCCCUACAUCCUCUGCCUGA